CGGGGCCAGCUGGAGAAGUGCGUGUGCGGCCCCGCCGAGCGCGCAGAAGCCGGUCGGAGGCGGCAGCGGCAUCAGCAGCAUCAGCAGCAUCAGCAGCGAGUCAACAUGGCGACCAGUUCAGAAGGUUCAUUCUCCACCUAUGAGGCUGAAGAGGGCCAGUCCUCCAAACUGGUCCGAAAAGUCAAGGAGUCUCCGUUUGUUCCCAUCGGCAUUGUGGGCUGCCUGGCCACGGUGGCCUACGGUCUCUACACGCUGAAGAACAGAGGGAGCACCAAGAUGUCCGUGCACCUGAUUCACAUGCGUGUGGGGGCGCAGGGGUUCGUCGUGGGGGCCAUGACCUGCGGUGUACUUUACUCCAUGUAUCGAGAAUACUUGGCCAAGCCCAAGCCGUAGGGAAGCGUGAACUGAAACCUGCGUGUGCUGGUGUUCUUAUGUACCCUAGAAAUGGAGCUCACGUGGAAACAAUGCUGUAAUGAAAGCAAGACUGCAACUUUAACUUGGUGCAAACCCCUGUGAUGCCCUCGUCACUCCGGACUGUUUGUGGCAAACGCAGCUUUUCCUCCCUGUUUAGAUCAAGACCAUAAACAGAUCAUUCACAAUCUUUCUCAUAAUACAUAAUUGGGCACUUAGGCCUACUGUGGCUUAACGGUACAGAAUUUUACCUUUAGGGUUUGGUGGCCAAGAAAGCAAGAAAGAGACGGGAGAGUUGUGUGAGGGUGUAUGCCAUCUCUGCUCCAGCCAUUCUCAGAACCCCAGAUUUCUUUAAAAAGUCAUAGAACAACAGUCGGGGAAUAUUAAUGAGCCUUAAAUAGUGGAUUAAUCUAUUAAACUCUCUUAUUUAUUAUGCAUUAUCAUGGAAAGUUAACUUAUUCCUCCAAAAAGGCAUUGUAGCUUCUGAUUUUGUGUGGGGGGUUGCAUUUUUUUUUCCUUUGGUGUUGUGCAUAAUGUUGUACUUAAGGGGCAUGUGUCGAGCUUGCUUUUAGAAAAUUCAAACAGUAAAGAAUGGGGCCACA